CGGCGGUGUCCUAGGCUCCCUGGUCUCUUAACUGGCGACUUCCCCACAGCUUAUUUCGGCUGUUCCAGUGCGACAUUCCACCAUCUGGCGUCGCCACAGACACAUGUCUGUCUUGUGCACCACAGAUACUACUUGCGGGUUUCGAGUUGAAUAACACAUGUCCACUCUUUGUCGGCCUGGCUUCUCGACCGCCUUGGCAACAACCAUUCACUACACUGCCACGCUUGGUUUCACCACUGCGUAACCCCGAAUAAGAUUUUACCCAAAACCUCGAGGAUCCCACUCUCCUUGCUUCUGCUGCAUUCCCGACCUACACACGUCGCCAAAUUAGCGUUGUCGCUCCGCUCCUAGCACUCGUCGUCGUCGUCGUCGUCUCGACAAAGCAAAACCCUACAAACCCCGCGCGCACUUCACAUGCCCGGCAAAUAUACCUCAAAAUGAUACGCGAUCCCCACUUCUGGAACCGGUUCAGCAUAGCCGUGCAUCAGGACGAAAUGGAGAAGCAGCUCAUGUCGGCCCAAGGUCCCAAGCACUCGUACGUCACAAGCACUUCCUCCCUCUCCUCCCUCACCACCACCACCACUAUUACCACUACACACUCGCCUCGCGGACCACCCACUGCACACAUCACAAACCACCCGUCGUCGCCUGGGUACUCGCCCAUGAGCCAACUGCCCUUGCUGCGCUUGUCGCUGCUUUCCACCCCGCUGUCACCCAUCUUCCCGGACACGGUCAUGGCAGCACCGGACACAGCCACAAAAGCACAACCAGCAGCACCCACACCCACAUCCGCAUCCCAAGAACAAAACACAAGACACCUGCACAAAUCCUCGUCUACAACGCCUCUCCUCCGCCCCAGCCCUCUUGGGCCCAACUCACCACCACCACCACCGUCCUCCAAACCAUGCAAACCACUACACCCACCACCACCCAUAACCCCCAAAAUGCACCGCAACCCCUCGUUUCCCAGCUCCCCCUCCCGCCCCUUCUUCCGCGCCCCAAACAUCUCCACCCUCUCCCUGUCGCUGACGGGCCGCCCCUCCUCCCGCUUCAAAUUCGUGACCACCAUCACGGCUGACGCCUCCCACAGGGACUCGUGGCUUGUGCGGCAGAAGAAGAAGGAGCGACAUCGCACGUGGUUGUGCUGGGCUUUUUGGAUGGUCUUUAUGUUGCUGGUUGCUGGUAUUGUAGCUACCAUUUUGAUCCUCAAGUCGAGGAAGAUUAUAUGAAGCGAGUCGAGGAAGAUUCUGUAAAGACCAAGUCGUGGUGGUAGUAGGAGCGCUGGGCGCUGGGUGCUGGGGGUGAUCAUGACCUCAUGAUUCAUGAGGACCCUGACGAAGAUAAAGAUGAAGAAGACAAAGAAAAGGAGGAAGAGGAGGAUAUCGGAGGGUAUCCCAAUCGCGCGCGACACAACAAGAAGUGCCUAUGCAUCUUCUCCCCCCCGCACUCUUCCAUGUACGCAUUCCCAGGACGGGUCAUCGCUUUUUUUUCCUUCUCUUCUCUUCUCUUCUGUUUCCCCAUUGUCAGCAUCAUUCUCCUUCUUGUUUAUCUUUUCUCUCUCUCUCUCUCUCUCUCUCUCUCU